AUGGCAACUACCAAAACAUCUCUAGCUAGAAAGCAGUUACCAGAGGGUACUUUUUUAGAAGAAAAUCAAUGGUCCUUGAUGGCAAGUGUUUUCGCGAUGUAUCCUAUAAGCUACACAUUUUUAAACAAUUCGAUAUAUUAUGAUUCAUUCAAAGAAGAAAAAUCGGCAAUAUGGGACAAAAAUUUGAAUACGAAAUACAAAUCACCCAAGGAGCAAAAAAUUGACGGAUUUCUAUGUUUUCAAGCGAUGGAGGUCGUCCAAAAAUCAAUGCUGCUGUUACACUUGAAGAGUCCAGCACCAGUAAAGGUCGGAAAACUAAAAAAAAGAAAAACAUUUGAUGAUGAUGAUAGCUUUACCUACUUUAAAGAUCUAGCAGUAGAAAAGCUAGGAAGAACAAAAGGCAGGUGCGUGCUCAUAGACCCGAGACGUCGGAAUAUUAAUUAUAUUUUAUGCAAGAAACAAUUACGAUAA